CUUGAAUGACUGAAUAAUAAAAGCUUGUGUUCAAACGUUCUAUUAUCAUAUCUAAUUUCCUAUGUUGUGGUCAUUACCAUUUAAGGGGACAAGAAAUUCUAGAAAUCUAACAAAAUCCCCCCCACCCCCCCCCCCCCCCCAAACAAAUUGAAAUUCAGCCAGAUGCCCCGACUUGUGAAAGUUAUUAGCAUUCCACCAACAACAAAGUUUUGUCUCUCUCAUAUAUAUAAUGAAUAUUCCACUCUAUUCUCACUGCCUUACUGUUUGCAUAAUUGCAUUCUAAAUAGAAAAAGAAACAAUGUGAUUUCGUAACUACCUUUCUGUAGAUGUUGGGUUUUGUUAAGAUCAGAACUAAUUCAUAUAUACUAUGAAAUAUUAAUCAUAAUAAUACAAUUAUCUUUUUCAUGCAGAGGAUACAUGGCACCAGAAUGCAUUAUGGGGUUAUUUAACAUAUAAAGCAGAUGUCUAUAGUUUUGGGGUUGUUUCGUUGGAAAUUGUUGUGGGGAAGAGCAACAUGAAAUUUCGACCAAAUGAAAGUUAUGUUUGUCUUCUUGAUUGGGCUCUUGUUCUGCAACAAAAGGGUGAUUUAUUGGAGCUGGUGGAUCCAAAGUUAGGCUUCAAGUUCAACAAGGAGGAGGCAAUUAGAAUGAUCAAAGUAGCUUUACUAUGUGCAAAUCCAUCUCCAGCUCUUAGACCCACAAUGUCUGCAGUAGUAAGCAUGCUCGAAGGCCAAACAGCUGUUAAUGAAGUUAUUAUGGAUCCAAGCGUAUAUGGAAACGAAUUCAAGUUUAAAGCUUUAAGAGAGCAGUUCGAUCAGAUCCAGCAUGAAUCGAAGGACUCAAUUGGUGCUGAGAGCCGUAAUCGUUCGUUAGGUGCAACAUGGAGGGGAACUUCUUCUACGUCUGCCCAAGAUCUUUAUGAUCCAUAUUAUCUUGAUACUCAGUAAUGGUAGCAAAAUAUUUUCUCCCACAUACAAAAUGUUAGUUGUAAUAAAUUAGUGACUAUUUGCUUCAGCAAUCCACAGAGCUAAGGAACAUCUGCUAUUUCAUUAUAACUGAAAAUAUAAAGAUAAACAUAUGUGCAGCUAGCUUGCUAUGUGGAAUCAAGAAAAUAAUAUAUAAUUUUGUUAUUAAGAGAA